AUGGCUGAUGCGUUGUGCAAGGACAGCGAGUCCUCCGACGGCUACGAAGAAGGUCAAAUUGCUUUCCUCGUAUUCACGGACCCUGCAGGCAUUGUGUACACAUCCUACGUAGUCAUGAUGGCCGCGCUCCUGGUCCCCAUGGUCUUUGUGUGGGGCGCAGGAGUAACGGACCUUUGGGUUGUUCGGCUGCAGUACAUCCUGGGAGGUGUGGCCGUCGGCCUCUUUGAGGGCACCUUCCUGAGCGUGAUCAGCUCGCUCGGGAAGAACACCAAGACCUUUGCGAUCAUGGGAGCUCCCCUGGGGUUCUUUGUGAACAACACAAUCCUCGGACUGCUCAACUACUUCGGGAUGCCUGUGAUUGUCUAUUAUGCCUACAAUGCGGCAUGCUUGCCCAUUGCGAUCUGGAUCUUCCACACAAAGCGGCCAAGAGAGGUCGUGGCUGUGAAAAGCAAAGGCAAGGGCUGCAAAGUCUUCUGGAACUCCCUGAAGUGCUGGCUGGACUGGGUGCCCAUCAUGAUUCCGUGGUUCGUCGCAAAGUUCAUUGGAAACUUCGUGCUGGAGGAUGGUUUUCCACUCCUCUUCAACACUUUCAACAGCCCAAAGGUUCCCAUCAUCGGUGGCCCUGAAAGCGAAGAUCACUUAAUCCCGUUCGCCCUCUACACAUCUCUUAUCUGGUUUCCCUGUAUGGCUGCUGGCGACACAAUUAGCCGACGGGUGCCGCAGUACUUGGACGUUACGUCCAAACGAAAGUGCUUUCUGUACUUGUCUCUUGGGAUUUUCCUCUCCGUGGCUGGGGAAGCCCUGGACUUCUUGCUGCUGGCUCUGGUCACGGCUCUCGCAGCCUUCAUUGCUAACUUCGGCAACGGCUUUAUCUAUGGCCUGUCUGCCAAGUUCAUCGACUGGGGCAUUGCGGAGGAGCAUCGAUACGCAGCGUACAACCUGUGGUGCUUUGUGGGUGACGCUGGUGGAUAUGCUGGCCAGGGGCAGUUAUCGGUUUGGUUGGCUGACCAGGCAGGUGAUGGUGGCAGGUUCCACUCGCUGCUCAUGGCACACAUUUCCUUCGCAAUGCUGCAGUUCUGGAACGAGUGGUGUCUGGUCCAGUUCAAGACAGAGCUCCUGCAAUUCCGGGAGCUGCGACUUAGACGACAGAGCAGCUUCCGGAAUUUCUUGGAAGAGGCAGCCGUCGUCGCCGCAGACAAGCCUGUUGCGCCUCCUUUAGAGCAGAUCGACGCUAUCUCAGCUGAGCUGACGGCAAGCGCAGGUCCGCUCGAAGCUCGAAGACAGGAGGACGAGGACUCCGACCUCGAGACAGAUCCUGGCAUGCCGGAGCUACAGCCUGUAACGCCACGCGAAAUCGCGGAGGUCCCAUCGUCGCAGCCGGCGUGUGGUGACUUCUCGCCAGUCUCUCCUGGCGGCGAUGACAGCCCGGAUAGGCUCGGGGAGUCCGGUGGCGACUUCAACAAAUGUUGGGGAAGGAGCGCCUUGAAAGAUGCGUUGAAAGGUAUGAGCUCAUUGCGCGAUGCCUAA